AUGUCUUACAGAGGGAGGGGCCGCGGCCGGGGUUGGGGACGCGGCUACGGCGGGUUCGGCGGCCAGAACAAGCAAGCUUCUUUCGAACUCUUUCCGGAGAUCGAGGGUUUAGGCACGGCUGAGUAUACGACCGACAAUCGGCAGUUGAUGAAGUGGUCUAGGGACCUGCACAAGUUUUGGGUGUCCUCUCCUUAUUACUAUGAAGAUAGAAGACAACGCCAUAAGAAAACAGAAAAACCAGAUAUAGAAAAGUAUUCAGAUAAAGUUACAAGAACAACAAAGGCUAAGCAACAACUGGGCGACUUGGUACCAUUGAGCACAGAUAAUUUUCCAGCAGAACUAGCUGAAGGUGAGAGGAAGGGAAAGCCUCACACCAGGAAAAUCCGGUGGAAUCCAGAAUUAGGUCAGGAUGUCUUCGACAAAUUCGAAAAGUUGGAUCAGGAAAAUGAAAACGCUGAAAAGAAAGAGAAUGAAGAGGAGGAAGAGGAAGAUGAGGAGAAUAUUGAGGACGAAGGCGAAUACAGUGAUGAGGGAGACUAUGAGCAGGCUGAAGAUUUCGACGACGAUGAAGAUGAUUUCAAUCCAGUCGACGAUGACAAUGAUGAGCCGCUUUUUUGA